CGCGACAAUAACGCCCUAUACAGACUUCUUGUGAAGGUAGAAUAAGUCUCGCUAUGGUAUCCUAUCGUAAUAAUCUAAAACAAUCUGUGCGCGCACUCGCAGUAGCGUAUGACGUGCCAAAGUCAACGCUCCAACGACGUCUUCAUGGUGUCCAGGCGCGAUUAGAGACAGCCUCUGUCAACCGCAAGCUAUCGCCUAUUGAGGAGCAGUCUCUUGUCUAG